AUGGAUGCCCCUGUACAGAUUUUCCGUGAGGAGCUGGACUCCACCUGCUUGCCGGGGCCCUGUCACCCCCCCAGCACCAGCAGUAGCUGGCCCCUGGGCUGGGCAGACUACGACAGCAACACCACCGGGGCCUUCGGGGACACUCAUCACAACCACACCAGCAUCUCCCCCGCCAUCCCCAUCAUCAUCACCGCUGUCUACUCAGUGGUCUUUGUGGUCGGCUUGGUGGGAAACUCUCUGGUCAUGUUUGUCAUCAUAAGGUAUACAAAGAUGAAGACAGCAACCAACAUCUACAUUUUCAAUCUGGCUAUGGCAGAUGCCCUAGUUACCACAACCAUGCCUUUCCAAAGCACAGAGUACCUGAUGAACUCUUGGCCAUUUGGGGAUGUGCUGUGUAAAAUAGUUAUUUCGAUCGACUACUAUAACAUGUUUACCAGCAUAUUCACACUGACGAUGAUGAGUGUUGAUCGAUACAUCGCUGUGUGUCACCCUGUGAAGGCUCUGGACUUCCGUACUCCACUCAAGGCAAAGAUAAUCAAUAUCUGUAUCUGGCUGUUGUCCUCAUCUGUUGGUAUAUCUGCAAUAGUUCUUGGAGGUACUAAAGUCAGGGAAGAUACCACGAGCACUGAAUGCUCCUUGCAAUUUCCAGACAGAGAUUACGUGUGGUGGGACAUCUUCAUGAAAAUCUGUGUCUUUGUCUUUGCAUUUGUUAUUCCAGUCCUCAUUAUAAUUGUUUGCUAUACUCUGAUGAUCCUGCGCCUUAAAAGUGUAAGGCUUCUCUCAGGGUCUCGAGAGAAAGAUCGAAACCUGCGCCGCAUCACCAGAUUGGUUCUUGUGGUUGUGGCAGUUUUUAUUAUCUGUUGGACUCCUAUUCACAUUUUUGUGCUGGUCGAAGCAUUAGGGGAUGUGUCCCACAGUACUGCUGCUAUAUCCAGCUAUUAUUUCUGUAUCGCUUUGGGUUACACCAACAGCAGCCUCAAUCCAAUCCUGUAUGCUUUUUUGGAUGAAAACUUCAAGAGAUGUUUCAAGGACUUCUGCUUCCCCCUUAAGAUGAGGAUGGACAGGCAGAGCACGAGCAGAGUCAGAAACACUGUGCAAGACCCAGCUUAUAUGAGGGAAACAGAUGGGACAAACAAACCUGUAUGA